AAUGGGCGCCGAGAGGAGGGAGCGGGAAGCGGCGCGCUCGGCACGGCCCUCCCACGGCGCCCCGGCCGCAGCGCCCACACUAAGUUUGCGCCCCAGGAGUGGGAGUCCCUCGGCCUCGCCGCUGGGUCCCUGGGAGGGAGUCGGUCGCUAGCCCCUCGGAACCGCCACCGACGGGCGCACGGACGGGAGGACGCGGAGUAGCGGGUAGCGUGCGGGGUCGGGGCAGCCGCCUCCCGAAGAUGCGGGAUGGCAGCCGAGCCGCCGUCCAGCCUCUCCUACCGCACCACGGGCUCCACCUGCCUGCACCCGCUCAGCCAGCUCCUGGGCAUUCCGCUGGACCAGGUGAAUUUUGUGGCGUGCCAGCUUGUUGCUUUGUUUGCUGCUUUCUGGUUUCGCAUCUACUUAAGUCCCAGUAAAACCAGUCCCUUGGCCCGGCACACAUUUGCCACCAUUUUUGGCAUCUACUUUGUCAUCUUUUGUUUUGGCUGGUACUCUGCACAUCUGUUUGUGCUGGUGUUAAUGUGCUAUGGAAUCUUGGUCACUGCAAGUGUAUCCAAUAUUCACAGAUACUCCUUUUUUGUAGCGAUGGGAUACCUGACAAUAUGCCACAUCAGCAGAAUAUACAUCUUCCACUAUGGAAUCCUCACUACAGAUUUUUCUGGGCCUCUGAUGAUUGUCACUCAGAAGAUCACAACCUUGGCAUUCCAAGUUCAUGAUGGACUAGGUCGAAGAGCUGAAGACCUGUCUGCUGAGCAACACCGACUUGCUGUAAAAGUAAAACCCUCUUUUUUGGAAUACUUAAGCUACCUUCUCAACUUCAUGAGUGUCAUAGCUGGACCGUGUAACAACUUCAAGGACUAUAUAGCCUUCAUCGAGGGGAGACAUAUACCCAUGAAGCUGCUGGAAGUGAACUGGAAGGAAAAAGGUUUCCACAGCCUGCCAGAACCUUCUCCCACUGGAGCGGUGAUCCACAAGCUGUGCGUGACCGGGGUGUCUCUCCUGUUGUUUUUGACGCUCACGAAGACCUUCCCGGUCACCUGCCUGGCCGAUGACUGGUUUGUCCAUAAGGCAAACUUUCUGACUCGGCUGGGCUACUUGUAUGUUGUCAUGCAAGCCUCAAAGCCCAAGUACUACUUGGCCUGGACGUUAGCUGAUGCCGUGAAUAACGCAGCUGGCUUUGGGUUCAGCGGAGUGGAUCAGAAUGGAAAUUUCUGUUGGGAUCUGCUUUCUAACCUAAACAUCUGGAAAAUCGAGACUGCUACAAGUUUCAAAAUGUACCUAGGAAACUGGAAUAUUCAGACAGCUACUUGGCUAAAGCGGGUGUGCUACGAGCGUGUCCCCUGGUACCCCACAGUGUUCACCUUCAUCCUGUCUGCCCUGUGGCAUGGUGUCUACCCUGGGUACUAUUUCACCUUCUUAACUGGAAUCCUCGUCACCGUAGCAGCCAGGACGGUGAGGAACAACUGUAGACAUUACUUCCUUUCUUCAAAAGCCCUCAAGGUUGCUUAUGACGUGGCCACCUGGGCUGCCACUCAGCUGGCCGUCUCCUACACAGUGGCGCCCUUUGUCAUGUUGGCAGUUGAACCCACCAUCAGUUUAUACAGGUCCAUGUACUUCUAUUUACACAUCGUAAGUCUCCUGAUAAUACUGUUCCUGCCAAUCAGACCACAAGCUCAUAUUCAAAGGCAGCCUCAGAACUCAGUUAACAGGAAAAAAACAGACUGAUAUCUCCAAGGAAAGCUGGACACAGAAAACAUUGCAAAACAUUGGAAAAUGAGAUGACAAGGUUCCAGGGUUCUUCGGUGACUUGGAGGCAAUGUUUACAUGCAUCUUUUUUUUUUUUUUUAAAUAAAAGUUCAGGGAGUAUUUUUAUAAA